GAAAGUUUCACAAUUUAAAUUCAACCAUUUCGGCUUCGAUUGGAUCGAUCAGGUAGAUUUGGCCAUCAUCCAAAACAUACAAACAUUAUUAACACGUGCGCAUUCGAUUGAUUUUGGGAUCCUUUAGAACAGGGCUUCUUAAACUUUUUUCAUUCGCGACCCCAUUUCAUGAUUGCUCUACACAAAUACACGUCAAAAAUUUUGCUACGCGACCCCAUUCGGGGUCGCGACCCAUAGUUUAAGAAGCCCUGCUUUAGAAUAACUUGAAUUUGACAAUUUCAGUGUACAUUUACCGCGAGUGUUUUUUUUGUUGGAAAAAAAGAUGGAAGAAGUAAAUUCUAUUCAUAAUAAACCUAAUGAAAAUGAUGAUAAUAAACAACAACAAAAACAAAGAUCCGAACAAUCACUCGAUCCAUUAGGCUAUACACAACAACAAUCACAAACAAGUGAAAUAUUUAAAAUUGAAAUCAACAAUCUGCCGGCAUUCCUUAAAUUUUUACGAAAAAAACAAAUCAUAUAUCGUAAAAUGAAAUUAAUGUCCUUGAAAUCAUCGAAUAAAUCACAUGCAUAUGUAACGUUCAGAAAUGAAAAAGAACGAUCGCAAGCAUUAAACAUGCUUAAUAAUAUCGAAUUUCGUGGCCGUCAAUUAACCUGCCGUGAAUCGGCACCAUUACCCGAUCCAUUGAUACAGAGACAAAUCGAACAUCGAAUGCAAAAAUUGAAAUCGAUCGACAAUGACGAUAAAACAAACAAUAAUAAUGAUGGCAAUAAGAAUAACGUUGAUUUAAAUUAUAGUAAUUCGACGACGGCCGAAGAGAGAGAUAAAAUUGUAAAUGAUCAAGUGUGUUCAUUGUGGAAUGUUCCAUAUGAUGAACAAAUUAAUCGAAAAAUUAAAUUAUUGAAAUCAAUGUGGCAACGAUGUGCAACGGAUUUUAAAUAUACUAGACCAGGACCCGAACUUCAACCGACAAUGGAUUGGUUUCGAAAUCAUGCUCCGGAACGUUUGAAAACGAAUUUUCUUCGAUCACCAAUAAUCAAUGGUUAUAGGAAUAAAUAUGAAUUUAGUAUCGGUGCCGAUCGACAAGUUGGAUUUCGUCUUGGUCUUUAUCGUGAAGGUUCCGUACGUGUAGUUAGCCCACCGGAAAAUUGUCCAAUUAUUAAUCCACAAGCACGAUGUAUUUUGGAACAUUUUCAACAUUAUCUACGGGAACGAACCACUCUAGAUGGUUAUGAUCCGGUUACACAUGAAGGUUACUGGCGACAAAUUCUUGUACGAUUAAAUCGACAAAAUGAAGCAUUAAUAUCGAUACGACUUACCAGACAGCCAACGAUGACGGAUACAGAACUUGAAUGUGAAUGUCAAAAAUUGCGAGAACAUUUUGAACAGGAACCAAAAAUCGGUGUUCGAUCUGUUUAUGUUGAAAUAAUCGAAGAUAGAUAUUCGAAUCAAUGUGAUCAUAGUCGUUUUCUUUGUGGAGAGACACAUAUUUACGAACGAUUAAAACUUCCGCAAGAUGAAGAACAUCUUGAAUUUCGUAUCAGUUCGACAUCAUUUUUUCAGGUAAAUGUUUCAGCAGCUGAAUUGCUGUAUGGAAAAAUUGUCGAACUUGCUAGUUGUGGACCGGAAACAAUUGUUUUAGAUAUCUGUUGUGGUACUGGAACCAUUGGACUUUCUAUCGCUAAACGUGUGAAAAGUGUUUUUGGAUUUGAAUUGAAUGAAGAGGCUGUUGAAGAUGCUCGAUUUAAUGUCAAACAUAAUGGUAUCGUUAAUGUAGAAUUUCAUUGUGGCCGUGCAGAAAAAUUAGUUGGUCCUAUAUUGGAUCAAAUUAGUUCAAAAGAACGUGAUGCAGAUUUCGUUGCCAUAUUGGAUCCACCAAGAAAUGGAUUGCCUGCAAACAUAAUCAAAUGUCUGCGAAAUAAUCAAAAGAUCCGUCGUGUUAUCUAUGUCGCUUGUGAAGCAAUGGCCGCCCGUAAUAAUUUCAUAGACUUAUGUCGACCUAUAUCACGUGCAUAUCACAAAGCUCCAUUUAUACCAGUGGAAACGGUAGCCGUUGAUCUAUUUCCACAUACUGAACGCUGUGAAUUGAUUGUCAUGUUCGAACGGAUAUCAUCAUCAGCAUCCAAAUCACAACCGGAACAGACACAAGAAACAUAGCUCUAAUAUAUUCGUUUUUUUUUAAAUUUUAUUUGUCUUUAAUAAAAUUUUUUCAAACACAUUAA